AUGGCGUCGGAUAUACUACUUUUCCUAGGCUGCGGCAUUAAUACGCUGGAAGUUGGCCCUUUUCUGGAUACGUAUGAUCCUCACAAACAUCCGGAUGAAUCUUUGAGGAAGCAUCUGGCGAUAACCUUUCGGCAUCCUGGUACCCAAAUGAAACUCAGUGAUUCGCCUCACGUAGCUUCUGGCGUAGACUCAUCUUCCAACAACCUGGUCCUUACUCGAGCCAAUAUUGAGCGUAUUCGCAAGAAACAGGAACGCAUGAUUAAAAAUCGUUAUGCAGCGAGCAUGAGUCGUUUAAGGAAAAAGGAGUACGUGGAGCGCUUGGAAAUACGACACGAACAGCUGAAGCGCGAAAAUCUCAACCUUUGGCGACAGAAUGAAGAAUGGCGGAUCCGUUGCGAGCAGCUGGAAACUUGUAUCCGGGAUUUGCAAUCGCAGAUCAACGGACUUGAACCCCACGAGAGUCUGUCGCAGUCAUCCGGGACUGGUCAGCCUUCCAUUGCUUGCCACAGUUCGCUCAAUCCGGUUCCAGAGUUACACAAUGCACAGACUUUCACUACCUCCCCGGUACCUGUUGGCCGUCCGCGACUGUGCUUGUCUGCACUCGGUGGUACAGUGGACCCGGAUAUCAAGGUUGCGUCGUCCACCUGGCUCAAUGAAUCCGGUAACGUUCUUCAAAACCCUAGACAGUCAAUCGAUGGAAAGGGGCUACCUGGCGCCGCUGUUCCGGGCUCAGGGAAGCUACUCAGUGUAACCGCCAACGCAGGCACUUUUCCUAAAACUCAUCGGCUGAGUCUGGUGAACCUUGCUGGUGUGAUCGGUCGUCAUCGUCCAGGAUAUCUACAAGCUAACCGACCGAAAGUCGUUGCCACCACGAGCCUACUCAGCAUCCUCUGCCUCUUCACUUUUGGUUUGACCUUUCAACCACUGAACUAUAAGACUGUCAAUGACCUUCAUAAUGCAGCACUAUUAAAUGCAGUGCCUAUUCGGUCUGUUGGCCAACGUGCUCUGUUGAGUGUGCAAUCAACACUUCCCGUCAAUAUGGUCACCGGUGGCGCCUCCGACGCGUUUCAAAACUUACCAAAUAAUUCGUCGUGCGGUCACCCAUGUGAUCCUGUCUCAAGCGAUUUCACGCUGGCUGCUUCAGACAAGGAGACGACUACUCAUACCGUCAGUCGCACAUUACAGCACUGGCUCCGACGGCAGAUCUUUGCCAAUACGGGUCCAACGUUGAAUGCUUCUGGUGAUGGCGAAGCACCGUCCUCUAGCGGUUGGCGAAAGGAUUCCCAUGUUGUUUCCGAUAUUCAAGCGCACCCUAUCUCUAGCCCACAUGAAUUCUCUUCGACCGAACGUGUCCAUGUCGAUUCGCCUGUAGCACGCCGUUUUCAUUCCCCUAAGCUACUCAGUAAAACAGCUUACCCCGGUAGCCGGCCCAAAGCUACUUUCAAUUCUCCAGCACGGAGUGCGGUUCAACCAUUCUACUCGCGGUUCAUGUGGGCCAUGGACGACCUUUUGGACGCUGCCGGUCGUCGAAAUGACACAAUCUACCUCGUUCUUUCUCGGCUUGACAAUGUACACCUGCACGCGGUUGACCCAGUGUAUGAAAAACUGAGCACUCAUAUCACCUUGAUCGUACCGGCGUAUCCCGCACGAAAUGCAACGGACCCGAUGGAGCAUAUAGACCGGUCCAAUUCGAACCACAUAAUGUUGCAAAUUGACUGUGAGCUGAGGAACGUAUCCUGGAUUCAUCCACCUGGUCGGUCAGGCAACGAUUGA